GCCCGUGAACGACGAUGCGCGCUCCCGAUAGUAAACCUCUGACGCUUACAUCCGGGAACUACGACGAACUCGCUCUCCAACAUGGCGGCGUCAGCGGCUAAGAAGAAGAAUAAGAAGGGGAAGACCCUCACUCUGACUGACUUCUUGGCAGAAGACAGCGGAGGCAGCGGAGGUGGCAAUGCCCCCCCAAGCUACCCGGCUAAGUCCACUAGUUGGGCCGAUGAGACCGAUGACCUUGAUGGUGAUGUCUCUACUUCCUGGCACACAGAGGAGGACAGCUACCGGGCGCCACCCAUCGACCGGUCUAUCCUUCCCACAGCGCCUCGUUCAGCUCGUGAACCCAAUGUCGACCGGUCCCGACUGCCCCGUAGCCCGCCUUACACGGCCUUCCUGGGAAACCUUCCCUACGACGUCUCUGAGGAAUCGAUCAAAGACUUCUUCCGCGGCUUGGCAAUCAGUGCUGUGCGUUUGCCCAGAGAGCCCAAUAACCCUGAGAGACUGAAGGGCUUUGGUUAUGCUGAAUUUGAUGAUGUGGAUUCCCUCAUGAGGGCCCUCACUCUUAGUGAGGAGAACCUUGGAAACCGAAGGAUCCGUGUGGAUAUCGCGGACCAGUCUAAUGAUAAAGAGAGGGACGGUGGGUCUAUGGGAGGCAGAGAUCGAGGUGGACGUAUGGGGGACAUGGGUCCUGACAAAACAGACACUGACUGGAGGGCUCGGCCCAGUGGGGAUACGGAGGAUGCACCUCCCAGGAGAGAUGAUGCCUUUGGAGAGAGAUCAAGGGACCGUUAUGAGUCGGAUCGCUUCAGAGAUGGGCCAAGACGGGACAAUGAUCGCUAUGACGGAGGAAGAGACCGCUACCGUGAUCGUUAUGAUGACAGGGACCGCAGAGAUUACGAUAGAGGAGGUUUCGACUCUCGUGGCGGUAGUGGAGGAGGUCGCCGUGCCUUUGGCAGUGGCUUCCGUCGCGAUAAUGACGACAUUAGGGGAAGCAACGAUCGUUAUGGCGAACGCGAAGAGCGAUUCGAGAGAAGGGAUGACCGGCGCGAGGAGAGAGGUGAGACUCCCCUGCAGAGACCCAAGUUAAACCUCAAGCCCCGUAGCGUUCCCAAGGAGGAAGAAGGUAGCGGUGGUGGUGGCGGCAGCGGUGGAACGCCCCCUGCUCCCCUACCAAGCUCCGGCAGCAGGGCCUCAUCCAUCUUUGGUGCGGCCAAGCCAGUUGACACAGCAGCCAAGGAGAGGGAGGUGGAGGAGAGGCUGAAGAAAGAAGAAGAGAGGCUGCAGAGGCAGCUGGAGGAGGACAAAGGCAGAGGACCCGACAGAAAGAUGAGAGACAGGGAUCCAAGCUGGCGCAACGAUGAAACUCCUACCGAGCGAUCUCGCACAGGAAGUGAGUCUUCACAGCCUGGAAGCACUUCUGGAAGAGCUUCCAGGUGUCGAGACAGUGAGCGCUCUGGGGACAACGAGGUUUUCAGUGGGAGAGAAGGUGAACCUUCUUCCCCUGGGACCUCCCCACAUCCUCCCUCUACCAAUUCAGCCAAGGAGCCACCAAAAGUGAUGCCUGCACCUCCUCCCAAGGAAAAUGUCUGGGCCAAGAGAAGUGCAGCCAGCACAGGCUCUAGUGAAGGCGAUGGACGACCUCCAGUCUCUCCGGUUUCUCCGAGUGGUUCAGCUCCUCCCAAACUCAGCUCCCCAAGUUCUGCAGACGAAAGAGACUCUGAGAAAGAUGAGAACAAGGCUGACGGUGUGCGUCGGGACCGGGGGCCCCCACGGGCACGAGGGGGUCCUGCAGGGCCUGGAGCAGGGCGGGGUCGAGGAGAGGGGCCCAACAGAGACCGAAGAAAGGAGGCCGACAGAAAGGAUAACAGAAGAGACCGAGACUCCAGACCACCCCCCGAGCCAAAGAAAUUUGAAGAAACCCCAACCCCCAAGUUCAGCUCAGCCAGUAAGUACGCCGCUUUGCUUAUGGACGGAGACCAAGGAGACGACGCAGACGACGUAGAAUAGAGCAAAUAACGAGGCGAGGCCCCAAAAGCGCAAGAAGAGGAGAAAACAACGAACGCAGAAAAAAAGAAAUAAUCUCACUUAGCUUAUGAAAAAUACUCCUCACAUGGAAGAGGCUCCUGGGAGGACAUCACUCCCAUCCUUUCUUUUACUCCUACAAACCUGUCCUUUACUUUCAAGACACCCACCCUCCCUCCCCCCCCCCCUCCCCCUCCCCUGCCUGACCUUCGGGACUAUUCAAGUUCUAAAGAAUAGUCACAUACUGGACUUGUUUUAAAUGGAAAAAGGUUAGCUGACACAUGGAAAAUGAUGGAUAACAUUGAAUUAAUGGUAAUAAAUAAAUGGAAAAAGUGGGGAAAAAAUUAUUUUGUAUAUUUGUGGAUCUGAGGUGUGGUGAGACUGGAUUAUUAAACAGAUGUUGGUGAUGGAAGUGGCACCUUAGUGCAAACUUGUUGAAUAACUGACUCAUUAACUUUAAAUAUUCCUGCAUCAAAUGCGUAGUUAUUAAUUAUUAAAAUUUUUAAUUCUAAAGCAAAUAAUUCAAUGUUGAAAUCAAUCUUAGAUGUAACAGUCUAAAUUGGCGAGACUCGUAACCUUGGUGACUAAGAAACAUUGUCUUAUCACAUGUGCAAGAGUCAUCAAAUCAUUGAAUUUCUUCUGAACUGAUUCACACAGAACUACAGGAGGAAAUGUAAUGUAUUGAAAAAGAUAUUACUUAAAUUACCAGUGAGUUGAGAAAGCCAGAAAAAUUCAAUUAAGUGCCAUUAUGAUUAUCCUCAUCGUUGUACAGAUCUACUUCUUCACUUGAUAAACUCCUCAAAUUAAAGGUGAUUCACAGUCGUCGUCUCAAAAACUGGACUGCUGUCGAAUCCUUAAUCCCCCUCUAUAGUCUAUAGCAGGAUUUGCCGUUGUUCCUGAGAUAACAUGAGUCUGUCUUUUAACUUGCAUUAAAUUGGGGUCAUUUUGUAA